AAUUGGUUCUGCUGGAUUCGCGUUUUCGUACCCCCGCUGAUGUAUAGGAUUAUGUGGCAAUUGUGAAUGACGAGACUUCUCGAGAUAGUGAAAAAUGCCGAAUAACAAAAGGGAAAAAAUCCCGGAAGGAACACUUUGCGUGGUAUGCAGCGAUUUUGCGAGCGGUAUUCAUUAUUCGGUGGCAAGCUGCAACGGCUGCAAGACAUUCUUCCGACGUGCCCUCGUAAACAAACAAACGUUUACGUGUCAAUUUUCUGGAGAUUGCGUAGUGGGAAAAUCGGUUCGAUGCGUCUGCAGAAGUUGUCGGCUGAAAAAAUGCUUCGAUAUGGGAAUGGAUCCCAAGGCGAUCCAACAUGAUCGAGACAAAAUCCGAUAUACGAAAGCUCUCAAAAAGAAACGGGAAGAAGAAAAACGGUUAAAAGAAAUGGUAAUAAAAGAGGAUAUUGGAAGCCCCCAAAGUAUCGCAUCUGACACAUAUAUCAACACAUCUACUCCAUCAUCUAGCACUAUGAUCAACAUUUUAGAAAACGAUCAUCAUUCUUAUGAUCCCGAAGCACAGAACGAUGUAAAAGCUGUUAUCGAAGAUUUAUUACGGUUAGAGUCAAGAGUGAAGUCACUUAGGAACUCAUAUCGCUUCGAAUCUCAAGUGUCUGCCACAUCUUGCAUGUACUCCAGCUGCUUACUGGAUGACAUCACAUAUAUGGCAGAAAACACACAUGAAAACGAGGGCACAAUUGAACCAUUCGAGUGUUCUGUGGAGAAGCUGAGGGAAUGGUUUGUGCGAGAUUUGUCGUUAAUGCUCGAAUGGGGCAAGUGCUUACCGAUUAUGGAAAGGUUACUACUCAACGACAAGCUUGCCCUGAUGAAAGCUUUCGCACCAAUAUUUCCAUUGAUUCAACUAGCAUUCUACACGAGAAACGAAUUUGAAUGUGAUAUUGUGAUAAAACUCGAACCGGAUUGUACGCCUAAACCAAUUCCAGAACGGCUCAAUUAUCCAGAUGGCUCAUUUAUCGAAAAGGGCAAUAAGCCAGCGAAUACUUGGGAAGAGAUGCACACGAUGCUAAUUGACGGGUGCUACAAAAUGAUGAGGCAGCUCAAGAUCAAAGAAUCAACAUUUGUGCUUUACAAGAUGCUGCUCUUCCAUAAUCCAGAUGCUGAUGGACUAUCCUCACUUGGAAAAAAGACGAUUGAGAAUGAGAGGAUGCGUUUGCUGACUCAAUUGUUCAGCUAUCUGUCAACGGAACGAGGAAAAGAAGCUCAAACAAUUUUCUCCAAUCUGCUGAUGAUGUCAGCAACGUUGAGUAAAACAGCAUCAUUCAUCAAACGUGUAUUCGACUUCAAUCAUAUCUUCAAUCGAACCAAUGACUUGAUAGAUCAGCUCAUUAUCGUUGGCUUGUAGAUCUUCCAUUGUUGUUCUCCCUCCCUGUUGCAAAGUAUUCACAUCUCGAAAUACCGAUAUUCUCUUACAUUUCCAUGUUUUUAAACAAAGAUCUCAAGAAAAUUACAUUGGAAUAGUUCUCAAAUAGCUGAAAUAAUAAUAAUGGAAUUUUCUAGUUGAGACGGUUUCACUGUAUGUUUCUCUCUCAUGUAGUCACAAAUUUUUGUCCAUAUGCAUUUUCAUUUUUCAUUCUGGAGUUCCACGUGCUUCUCAUUUUGUCAUCCUAGUGUUUUGUUUUACAGUCCUGUUUCCAAAUAUCUCUUUUCUUCCAUCCAGUUUGCAUGAAGAAUAAUACGAUUGGUAUUCGGGUAAGCUAGAGAGUCUAUUUUUUAGUUCAAGCAGAUUUCUAUUGAAAAAAGACCGCCCCAUUUAUUUGUUGACUUGCCAUAAAUUUAUUGGGAUAAAGACAUUACAAGUUU